AGAAAAAAAGAAGAAAAAAGAGAAAAAAAAGAGAAAAAAAUCCCCCCUCCCCAAAUUUUCUUUUUCCCCCCUUUUUUUAUUAUUUUUUUUUUCCUCCCCUCCUCCGCCAUGAGUUCUUACGUCGCCAAUUCGUUCUAUAAGCAAAGUCCCCCUGUUCCUGCCUAUGCCAUGCAAAGUUAUGGAAAUUAUGGAAGUGUGCCUGAGGUUCAGUCACCCAGGUACCGCUACAGUGGCUUGGAUCUAAGCAUCACCCUCCCCUCCUCCGGGGCUACCAACUCCCUGAGCGGCUUGGACAUGUCUGCGACCCCCCGAGCUAACCCCGAGCGACCUUCCUGCACGGUCAUGGGUUCUUCAGGGCAUCCUUUAGCCAGAGACGAUCAAGCAUCCCUAAAUCCCGGGAUUUACAGUCAGAAGAGUGCUAACACGACGCUGGAGGAGAGAUCUAAGAGCUCGGGUGAAAUCAAAGCUGAGCCCGUGCAAACAGCACAACAAGGAGGACCACAACUGCAGCAGCAACAACCUCCACAAAUUUACCCCUGGAUGACCAAACUACACAUGAGCCAUGAAACGGAUGGUAAACGCUCCCGAACCAGCUACACCCGCUACCAAACUCUGGAACUAGAGAAAGAAUUUCAUUUUAACAGAUACCUGACCCGGCGGAGGCGCAUUGAGAUCGCCAACAACCUCUGCCUGAACGAGAGACAAAUCAAAAUCUGGUUUCAAAACCGGAGGAUGAAGUGGAAGAAAGAUUCCAAGUUGAAAAGCAAAGAGGCUCUUUAG